CGACUUUUUUCUUAAGUACAGGGCUCCAGACAUCUUCAAGUUAAUAUGCAGUUUAUAAUUUGUUCCCAGACUCUUGCUAAAGUAGACGCCUUUCAAUUUAUCAUCGUCCCAGAACGCAUAGCGCCUAUUAAGUACCCAUAUCCUACCCUCUAUCAUCGGCUAGCUUGAGCUUCAUUUUUAUCUCCAUCGUUGUUUGUUUUUAUGGUUCCCCUUAAUAGUGGCACCUGGUUUUACUGUUGACGCGCAAGCGACAGCCAAAUAAUGGUGAACUUGAAUCUGAAGGGCGUCUUUCGGCGUCUGCACGAAGAGCGGUCGUCCGCUUCACCCGGCCCCGCCGCGGAUGCUUCAACGUCGAAUAAUGUGUCCGCUGAAAAUAAUCCCACUAGCUCUACGUCCGUCAUUAAUAACGAAGUAAAUAAUGCGUUGAAACGUCAGGAAAAUCUUCUAGCCCCUGGCCUUGUAGAGCCAGCGGCUGAAGAAUCUUCAGAAGGAGCAUUACCGCGACCGCCUUCCGCGUCGACUUUCGCACCGAGUGACACGAACCUCGACCACCCAGCUGUAGCUCCCGAGAACUACGAGUGCGGUACCGAGCCGGGCGCUCUCGUUUAUUUUCACGGACUGGUUAAGCGUCCGGACCUCAACGGCCAUGUUGGCAUAAUAUGUAGUGAGGUCACCGAACGGUUCUAACCAGGGAGUUUUUUUGACAGCCAGACAGCAAAACGGCCGUCAGUUUUCAAGCGGGCGGAAGCGUUUUUUGACAAAAAAGAUUCUCAAUUAUCAAGCGGGCAGAGCGUUGCUGGCAAACAAGCCCGGUCGAAAACUAUCGAUUCGCACUUGAUAAAACGACGCAGGGGAGCCGGCAAAAGGGGCGCCCUUCUGAGGCGCCCGCCGCCUUGGUUUCUGGCGAUUUGGGGCGCCCAAAAAGGGGCGCGCAAAAAACGCGCCCAAAAUCAGAACAGCAAAACAGCAUGGCACGGCCGCGAUUUCGGAGCAUUUUGGGCGGCCGCGAAAGCGGCCGCCUUUUCGCCGGUUUUAGAGCCGGGGAAGCUUUGCAAAAAGCGCCGGCGGGAAAAAUAAAAACGCGAAAAAUAAAAAGCGCUCCAGACGCGCAAAGCCAAUCCGCAUGCUAUGGGCCCGGUUUUUCUUCGCUUUUUGGGCGCCCCCCUUGGCACCCGGAUCGGCCCCAUAGCAUCGGGGUUGGCUUUCGGAAAGGAAUUUUGGAAAUGUUCCAAAAUUUGUGACGUUUCCCAAGUGGCCGCAAUACCGUGCGGCAUAACGUUACUCACGGCGGUAUGGCGAGCCCAGAAAUAGCAAAGCCGCGGCCAAGGCGGCGGUCGGCAAAAAAACGCCCACGACCUCACUACCCCCGCCCCGGCGGCUAUCUUUCGUAUCCUCGGAACGACCACGAGACGCUGAGCGCAUUGCGGUGCAGCUCUAUCCGGAACGCGCCAUGCAGCGGCUGGUGAAGCCUCUGAAUUUUCUGGGUGGCGGCAGAGCUUCUUCUGUUGUUUGUGCAGAAGAUGUAAUGAUGAACCAAAGCGGUCGAGCCCACGAUCUUUCGGAUUCAGAGAACGAGGUGGAUGUUGAAACUGAUCCAGCACAGCUGCAUGUGCUUGCAGAAAGUGAACCCCUUGCGGGCGGUACAGAACAGCAGACCAUAGCGGUAAAGCGAAGCAAUGUGGUGCCACUGCGAUGGGCCACCCGCAUCGCAAAGCGGAAAAAACUGCCGCUCGGCUUCCAGCGUGCAAAGCUGUCCCGACUUCUUUUCCAACGGAACGACUGUUUCACUCGCCACGCGACACUGGACUUUGGCUGCCAGCAUCACGCUGGUGCAAAUUGCCCCGCGUCUUUUGCCCAAGUGGUCCUUUUGCUAGAACGUCGAUUUUCAGAGCCUCUAGCGCUUCAAAUUGGUUCGUUUCUGCUUGUGAGUCGAAGGGGACGGAAAAAGAUUCUGCACGAAAUUACAAAUGACGCCACCAAAGUAGACGCUUGCUCACAACAGAUCGCAAUGUGCCCAGGACCAGAACAAAUGAGAGACCGCAAGAACGCCAACACUUCCUGCCGCAGCGACGCGGAAGUGAAUGACGGAGCAACAAGGGGCUAUCGUUAUCGAAGCGACAAUGGACAUGGAGGCUACCACCCGAGCAGUGAAAGACGAACAAAUUAUGCAAAUGGCGAUUACAAGCUGCGGAAAAAUAAAAUCACACAGCUGUGGUCGACAACCGAUGUGCAUGCAUCGAGCCACCGCGGUGACUUUCCAUUGGAGGAGGUGCUGCAUCAGCAUGCGCGCACCUGGUUUAUCUCUGACCAGACCCUAAUGCACACCGGCCCCGUUUGCUUACUCUUUCACUUCGUUCAGCGCAGCUGUGCCGUCGUGGCUACAGGAGCGACUGGCUCAGUCCACGACCAACCAGAGCAACUGCUAGACGAAGCUGUCACACCUCCUGGGGCUGAACAGGAACAUGCUGUAAGUACAGACAUAGCGGAUGUUUGCCGCAUUCGAUUUGUUGCAUUGAAAAUUCCGCCUAUGCCGAUGGGACCGCUUAGUGUGCGCAAGUUCUACUUACGCGCUGCACGCAGAAAAGAUCCAUCAGAAGACAAUCACCGGGACGUUGUUUCGAAAAAGCUAGCCGGUACUGCAGAAAACGAAAAUACUAAAGGCGCCAAGACCACUAUGCUUCCAAAUGGAGUUGGAGUGGCUGCUACACCUUCAACUACUACUGGGAGGAGCGACCCCGAUUGUCUUACAGUCAGAGACAUUGAUGUGGGAGAAAAUCUUGCAGGGGAACCGGAGACGAGAACGUUUUCUGAUCAAUUUAUAGUUAACGAAGAGGAUCCAGCGCUUUCGUCACGGUUUGUCCAGUUUCAACACCGUUGCGACAACUUGCUAGGUGCUGACACAGCAACCGAUGCGAAUUCCACUGGUGCGAAGGAAAAGCGACAAGAAUGGGAGUGGGUGCGCUAUCCCCCGGCGGACAAUACCUUUUUCACAACUCAGGAUGUGGCCGCCACACAGUUUUUUGCGCUUUCGCCGGCAAUCGACACUGCAUGUAUUCAACUUAUUCUGGAAUCAAAUGCCGCAGAGAGUAACCAAAUGCCUAUUGGGCUCUACUACGUCACAUUCGGAUAGAAAUGUACGCGCUAGCAACAACAAUCAAAAGUACUUCCAUGGAAGUUGUUAUCUCAUAUUUCAGAAAUCAAAAGCAAAAUGCUCAGGAAACGUCGUGGAGCAUCGGAUGAGAUUUAAGGAUGAAUGCG